GACCUUCAUCACAGAGUACAAUAUGCUUUCCAGUGGAUCCAAAAAACGUGCAUACUGGGCCCCCUACUGGAAGUGGUAGAGGGCCAGAAGCUCCAGGAAGCAAUGUUGAAGAGUGUAGUAGUAUGAACCAAGGUGGCAGUACUGGGCACCAGUACCAAUACCGACCAGCGCAACACCAGAACCAUCCACCUCACACGGGAGUCUCACAGGAUUGUCCUGCUGCUCCAGUGUACCAUGCUGGUCCUCUAACCACCAUUAUGAGCUCAGUCAAUCAGCCUACCAUCCAGGUGUAUGGUGCUGUUGUUCCACAGCCGCCUGUGACUUUGAUGUCAUCCCAGAAUCCCCAUGCUACUACUCCUCAUCCCAGUGCCCCCCCACCAGUGCCUGCCCCAGUGCCUCCCGUUGUGCCUCUCUCUCAGCCUCAACCUGCCGCCACCACCACCAUUGUGGCAAUGGCACCUAUAACUGUAACUGUCCCCAUUAAUCCUGGGACUCACAGUAGUCCCCAGUCUGUAGGGUCUCCCACAUCACAGUCUGGGGGUGCUUCUGCACAAGCAGUUUCUGGGAGCACACACUCUUCCGUAGCACUACCACCGCUAUCUACAGCAUUUGUGUCUGGAAUGUCUCAACCAGGUAUAGCCCCUACACAAGUAACAUCUGUUUUAUCUGAUAUGUCUCAGCCAAUGGUAACUCCAGCACAAGUUACAACACCAAUGGUUAGUGGCAUUCCUCAGCAUUCAGUGACUCUGACACAAGUUUCAUCAAGUAUCUCAACUGGAAUGAGUCAGACACCCAUUGCAUCACCUCUUGCCACACCAUUUGUGUCUGGUAUGUCACAGCCAACAAUAGCUCCCACAAAAGUUACUGCAGCAGUCAUCUCUGGGAUACCUCAAACUGCAAUAGCUCCUUCUAGUGUUACAGUUUCUGCUGUUCCUACAUCAUCUCAGCUUGGAGGAACUCAGACAUCUGUGGCAACUGCAAAACUCACUGAGAAGUCCCAGGUCACAGUCAUUCCUGCACAAGUCACAACAGGCAGUGUCAGUUGUGUGCCUCAGUCAGCUGUUCCCCCUGGACAAGUUUUAACAGCUGUUGUUACUGGUGUACCUAAAUCUGUAACAAGUGUCUCACAUGGAAUAACUUCAGGUAUAACUGAGAUUCCUCAGAGAGGUCCUUCACCAGAUGUAGUAGAUAUAUCUGAUGAAAAACAGAGUGAUAAGGUUGAUACACAGUCUCCUUCAGCUAUAGUGCCUGGAUUGCAACAGUAUGCCAAAGAUGAUAAUGUUGAUAGAGGGUCAAAAGGUACACCUUUAGAGUACAGUAAUGCAUCUAAUUUUGGAAUUUCUCAGGCAGCAAAGAUUGCUACAAGAGGCAGUACAGCUGUUGUUUCUGGGGUACCGAAGACUGUAGUAGAGAUCACAAAAACAGCUACUGCCAUUGUUUCUGGAGUACCAAAAUCAUCCAUGGGAUCUGCACAAGCACAAACAGCUGUUGUCUCUGGAGUUCCAAAGACUCAAGUGAUGCACACACAGGUGUCUUCUUGUAGUGUCACUGGUGUAUCUAAACCAUUAACACUAACUGCACAGUCAAAUACAGCUGUAGUUUCUGGUGUACCACGUAUGUCUGUUGCUCCAACCCAGCUGACUUCAACAGUUGUUCCUAGUGCUUCUCAUCUAUUGAAGCAAGUCACUUCCACUGCCAUUUCUGAGAAAUCUAGAUCUAUAGGCCUUCCUCUAAAAGAUACCCGACCAGUGGAUCAUGAAAUUCACCAACAUAAUGUUUCUCCUUCAAAGAUAUCAUCAGAGGUACCCAGAAUAUCCAAGCACACAAAGAUACCAAACCUUGGAUCAGUAUGCACUUCUGAGGAAUCAGAGAAAACUGGUUGUGCAUCUACUCCCAAGAUGGCCUCAGAGACAGAGGUGCAAGUAAAUACCACAGAUGCAAUAAAUUCAGUACCUGAGUCAUAUGUAGCAUGUAAAGGAACAGCAAAUAAGCCAGAAGCCAAGGUUACUGAAGGAGUCAGAACAACCUGCCCUGUUUCUCCAAUGAAUGCUAGUGGUAUAGAAAUGAAAGAUGUGACAAAGGUGAAGAAGGAAAAUGAAGUUCAGCCAUCAAUAAUCCGAGAGACAGAUAUAUCCAAGUCUGUGAAUACUGCUCACCCAAUGUUCACUAUUCCAGACUUCCCUAAUAGAGUCUCAAGACCCAAUACAAGUUGGAGCCCAACACAGCAUAGUAUAACCACAGAAAAAGAAACCUAUAAGCAAUUUUCCACACCAGUUAAUCAUUCCUCAAGUUCAGGUUGUGACAUACAGCAUUCACAUUCAGUUGGUAAGAUGUCAUUAUCCUCAUUAUCCUGUAGCACAAAUAUAAGUGCCUCAAAUCAAGUUUUAGCAUCAGACAGUGCAAGAUCUCCUGCUUCUGGUGUUCCUUUAACUUUUCAGUCCAAAAAUGCUUGUCCCAACAACACCAAUAUCACCUCAAUAAAUGCUAGUGCUGCAUCAGCAGUAGUUCCAUCCACACUAAGUAAUUCGAAGAGUAAAGAGGAGGGAAUCUCACCCCUUAAGGAAAAGUCAAAAGCAAAUACAACAUGCAAUGUUGCUACUAAGGCAGUGGAUGAUGCAGGCAGGACUGGGUUGCAACGACCUGGUACAAGACACCUUCUUUGUCAAACCUUACCUUCAUUAACCAAAACGGCCACUGCCAGUGUAGCCAAAGCAAAGUCUUCAUCUAGUACUAACACGCAUAGAAUGUUGGUUAAAUCAGAAGACAAAAGUAAAGACACAAAACCAAACAUUCCAGAAAGUGUUCCUAGCAGUCAAAGCAAUCCAAGUCCUAAUAAUUCUUCUUCAAGUACAAUAACAAUAAAUACAGCAAAAAUAGAAGAAUGUGGAAAUGUAAUUGAUGUCAAAGCUGACAUAGUAAGAGCAGAACCCAUUGUCAGAAAAAGAGGCAGGCCUCCCAAGGUCAGGGACUCCAGCAGCGAUAGCUCAAGCAAUGCCCCUUCGGAAACUUCAAGUCCCAGUCAUCACUCAGGGUAUAGAUCUCCCAAGAUGAAACCAGAUGUAAAUACUACACCAGAAAAAAAAAAUUCUAGCUUGCAUGAUCCUGAUAUGAAGAAAAGUCGAAACUCAUUGCAUCCCUUUCUAGGAACAAAAACUUUGAGGUCGCACUCAGAGGAAAGAAAAAAGUCGCUUUUGCAGACUUCCACAGUACCUACCUCACCUUCAAAACAGGUGGACUGCAAGCAAGAUAUCAAGUCGGGGGGCUCUAUGAAGAUGAUAAAUAUCAAAACAGAAGUAUUUCCAAAAAUAAAGACAGAAAAGGUAUCUCCAAAGGGUGUCAAUAAAAAUUUAUCUCCAUUAAAAGUAUCCCCAAAAGAAAUUUCUCUCUUCAAAAACAAAAUAGAAAAUGGACAGGAUGAAACUUCAUUGAAAAGUUCAGAUCUAUCAAGGAAGUGUGAACUUUCUUCACCCACAAAGAUUGAUGAAUUUACAGACUCCAAAAAGUAUAUAAAAGGAGCAAAAGAAAUAAAGAAAUCACCAUCAGGUUUGUUGAGUGACCAAAGAGUGCCCAAAAAUAAUGUAGUAAUAUCAAAAUCAAAACUGAAAGAUGAUGAAAAGAAAGUAAUUUCAUCAAAUACUAGCUUAAAACGGAAAAGUAGUGAAAGCAUAGGUAGUAGUAGUAAAGUAAUAACUAAAUCCAGGGAAAGUGAAACGUCCUCAAAAGCUGCCGGGGGUGCUAAGCAUCAAGCACAGAAAUUUCAGAAAAUCAGCAAGAGCACAAAGGGAUCUACUCGGCGAUCUUGCCCAAAUGGAAAGGUGAAUAGGAAGAAAAGCCUUUUAGCUUAUUUAAAGGAACGAAACAACGAGAGUGAUACCUCAAGUGUUGAUUCUGAGGCUGCUGGUGGUGGGAGGAGAAGAUCCAAAAGCAAGGAGGAAUCACCUAAAUCCAAUAGUGCCUCUCCCUUUCCCUCGGCCUUCCCUCCACAGCCAGUUAACUCUGGCUCCCGCCGCAGGAGUGCCACUGGACAUGGAAAAUCCAAAUCCACAAAGAAGCCAAGAUGGGUGCACAACUGGUCUUGGGAAGGAGAACCCUUUGAAGGGAAAAUUUGGUUAAGAAAUGAUGAACUUCCUCUUGUUAGAACUUGUUACUCUGCCAUGCGUCACAAAGAGGGUGACAUUGUGCGUGUCCGAGAUUGUGUGCUGCUGCGUUCUGGUCCCAAAAAGACAGACCUUCCUUUUGUUGCCAAGAUUGCUGCUUUAUGGGAAGAUCCUGAGACAUCGGACAUGAUGAUGUCAAUCCUGUGGUACUACCGGCCAGAGCAUACUGAAUCAGGAAGGCGAGAAGAAGACCUUCCUGAUGAGAUUUUUGCUUCCAAGCAUCGAGAUCACCUCAGUGUGGCUUGCAUUGAGGACAGGUGCUAUGUCCUCACUUUUAAUGAAUACUGCAGAUAUCGACGAUUUCUUCGACUCUUCCAAGAAGGGGUUUACCCCAUCACAACCCCUGUUCCAGAUCCAGAAGAAGGAUAUUCUCGCAAGGAUCGACAGCCCCCAGGGUGUGUGGUUGGGGAACUGCUUUUCUUCUGUCGCAGAGUUUAUGAUUACCGUCAGAAAAGGUUAUUGAAAAAUCCUUACUGAGGGUAUGUUGGGGGGGAGGGGUUGGAGGACACAUAUGGAAAUGAGCAAUACUGUGGGGUGUGUAGUGAAACCAAUGAAAACUUACAUGACAAUGGUGAUGGUGGUGACAGUGAUGCAGCACCCAGCAUCCUUGAACUCAAUGCACUCUUUAUCUUGUGGCCAAUAAACUGAGGAACUUUUGUAGGUUCCCUGGAUGUCUGAAGGCAUUCCAGAUGAAGUUAUUUAAAUGAAGCCCAUUUUUAUGAGUUUACUUUUAAGUACUGAAGGAUAUAUUCAUAUAAAUAAAUAUAUAAUAUAUAUAUAUAUAUAAAUAUAUUAAUAUUUAUGAACUAAAUAUAUUAUAUGAGUGAGUUAUCAGAAAGAAAAUCAAAGGUGAAGUAAAGGAAAGUACGACAGUGGAACUGAGCAAAGUCAUCCGUAAAAAUUACUGCCAAUGCUUCUCAUACUUCCCAUAAUUAGUGUCACAAUAAGUAUUUUGUCAUAUGAUAAGCCAAUAGGCCUGUACAAAACAUAUGAACUUUUUAUAAAUCAACAUUGCUUGCUGAGAGUAUCCAUGCAGUAUUCCCAUAUGGUGUUACUAUUAUUUAUGAUGAAACGUGGAUGUUUUAGUGAUUAUUUCAGUGUUGCCAGUGUAUGAACCGUUUCAUAGUCAAUGUAUGAGUUAAGCAAUUUUACCUUAAUACUUCCAAGAGUUAUUUUCUAAACCAAAGUUUCUGAUAAUCUUUGAUCUAUUUAUAUUCCUAUGAUUCUUGUCUAGCCAAAUACUGUCAGUGUUUAGGAAUUUGACAGAUAUAGACUCUUUUCUUUGACUGGUUAACUUGCCCACAAUAAGUAGUUAGAUAAUCUUCAAAGUUAUAAGUUAUCCAUAAGGAAACAGUCACAAGAAAUCAAUCUCUAUCUGCUAUCCAGUGAAAACACGGCCAUUUUACUUGAAGUCAAAUAGUAAAUGUAGGGGUUAGUGGGAAAGGGUUUGGGAUUUAGUUUUGGCCAGGUUGGUCAUUUCCAACCCAGAAAGGAUCAUCAUUUUAUAUAUUAUGUAGAGCCAUUUAACACAUAUCUGACCAAGAAUGCAUAGCAGAUAUUACAGUAUUGUAAGGAGGUUAUAAAAAAAUAAUGAUCAUAUUAUUUGGAUUAAAAAAAAAGAAAAAAGAAGAAAAAAAAGGCACAGGAUAUAGCACACAAUAUCUCACAUGUAAAGCAGCACAGCAUUUUAUCAGUAAUUGCACUUACCAUGAUUUUUUGUUUUUGCUGUCAAACAUGAUAGUUAUUUAGACAGACUUUGUGUUCUCUGUCAGAAUUGAUUGAAAGGAAAUUGAUUUAUUGUAGUUCAUAAGUGUUGACUUUGUUUGUAGGCUAUUGUUGCUUUAAUUGUUAUCAUUUUACCUUUGCCAAUUAUUUUGACAAUCAUUUUGUAAGUUUGGUUGGUAUGGAAGAUUUGUUGAAGACAUGGUUUGAAUUUGUCUCUUUGUUGCAUUUAGAGAAAUCAGAUGUUCAGCUAUUUGGUAAUCAAUAAUGCAUCUGUUGCAUCUCUUGGGUAUGCAUAGAAGCCUUUCAAAUAGAUAUGGGACGUCCAUUUUAUUUGAAUAUAUUGUUUCCAUUCCACCAGUUGAAGUCUGCUUGACCUCUUGACUGUUAUCCAAUAUCAAUUUUUUUAACUUUUAAAAUGAAAAGCUUUAAUCAGAAUUGAAUGAUGAAUAUAUAUAUACAUACAUACAUAAAGUAUAAACUUGUACCUUCUUCAUUUUUUCCUGUCAGUUCUUUUAUAAUUGUGACUUUGAUUUCCCUUGAUACUUUUAAUUAAUGAAUUUUAAUCAGUCACUGACCUAUAAAACUAUCCUGCAGAUUUCUUAGUCAGUUAUGUAUCUUGGUCUGAUAACCUCAGUUUAGUUGGAAUACAGGUCUCCAGUAUAAUUACAGUUCAGACUCAGAGUAUCCUCUACUUUUAUAUACAUUCAUACAUUACUACAAGUCUUCAGAGUCUCUUGGAGUAAAUCUUUCCUGCUGUCCAUUGUCUUCAUUUAGCAAUUAGGUUCUGUUAACAUGUCAUAUAGCUCUGCUGUAUCUUUUUUUUCUCUCUCUUUUUGCUCUUCUUUUUUAACAGUGUACUUCCUAUAGCAUUCAGUCUUUCUCUUUCCAUUCCAAGUAUGAUAAUUGGAUGACAUUUGAAUAGAUAAAGGGACUUCAUUGUGUAUUGGACUUGGAUCUAAAUGCAUUUUUCUUAUUGUUGCCUGAAGUUUCUAAGAUCCGUAUUUUGUGAAUUGUAAUCAUUUACAAUAUAUUUUUAUGUAUAGGUUGUACAUUUUCUUUUAGUUUACAGUAAGUCUGCUAUUCAGAAAGAAAAUCAAACAGUACUUGAUUAUCAUUCGCUGAAGUGAAAUUUAGAAUUCCAGUCCUCUUAUUAUAGAAUGACAUGGAUUUUGCCUUCAGUCAUAUUUCUGGUUAGAAUUUCCCCUGUUGACUGAUAACUGUAGAUAUAUAUGUGAUUACAUUUCAUUGGUUUUCUUUCUUUUUUGUGUGUGAUUAACUACUAAUCGAUUUGGUGAAAAAAAUGAAACAAAGAAUAACCUAAAGUCAUUAUUUUGUGUAAAGCAAGAAAAUUUAAAUAAAGUUUAAGAAAAAGUGUUAACUUGCACAACCAGAUGCUCAAGUCUCAAGUCUUUACUACAGCAGACUGGGAACUAAAAAAUACAAUUCACGACUGACUCAAGGUGUCCAUUCAUGUCAUGUUAGAGCCACUCACAUGUGUACCUUCAUUCUGAGAUGUGUGAUCAUAUUGCAUUGCUUUUGCACACUUAGGGAUUUAGGAUGAACAUGCAGUUAACAUUGAAAAUAAAAGAUCUAAAAAGCCUUAUAUCUCGUCGGCUGACUUGUAAUGUUUUAUAUAUUAUUCAGAUGAAACACACUUGAUUAAAACUCUUGCUUCUUCCACUGAAAAAGGGUUUAAAAGAUACAUGGAGGUAUAUUGUGUUUAAAUUAUUGUUCUGCACAGUCUAGGUAUAGACUUUUAUAUACAUAUUUUUUUUUUUUACAAGGAACAUUUGUCAAGUGGAAUUGUAAAUUAUGUGAUUGUCAUGCUUUAUUUUCCUUCUAAGCACACUUUCUUGUCCUCACCUUUUUGUAUGCAGGAAUGAGUGUGCAAGACAAAAGUUAAAUUAGGUGUGUGUUUUGAUGAGUCUGUUAUUAAUAUCUACCAGUAGUGUCUAGAUAGGUGACCUUCCUUCAUAGAUCCUUAUCUAGAGGAGAGCUUUUCUAGUGAGCCUGUAUGGGCAGAGUCUUCACUGUUAGUUUAUGUUGUGUUAGUGUGUAGAUGAUAGUCUUUGGGUAAUUUGUUAUGGCAAGGAGUCUAUAUUAUUACAACAAUUGAGUAUGAUAACUAAGAUAUGUAAAUAAGAAUAGAUUUAUGUUUAAAAUGAAAUAAAAGGACAAACUUGU